GUCAAGAUGAUGCUGGACAACAUGAAGAAAUCGAACACCAACAUCAAAGCUCAGGUGGUGCUGACUAAGUACUACGAGUUGCUCGAAUGUGCACUUGCGCUGGUCUCCACUGGACCCAUGGAUAUGGAGCAGGACGAUCUUGACCUUGCCCUGAGCAAGCUCGCAGAGAACAACCAUCAGCUCCCCUGGGAUUUGAAAGUGGACGUCACGAAGAAGGCUGCACUUGAGGCCGCGCGUGGGAUCGAGACUUGGACUGAGGAUGACAACAAAGGCGAGAACGCUGUCAGUUUGAAGGCAAAGAUUGAGCAAUUUUGGGAGAUCUUCAACCUCCAAAAGGUUUACGCAGACACGUUCGAGAUGAUUGAUGCCUGGUCUCAUCGAGAGCCCCGAUUUGCUGCCCUGGUUGCUAUUCUGCAGGACUACGAGGCCGAAGACAAGGGCGCCGAGGACGGCGAGGAGGACAAGAAGGCCGCGGACGCCGAGAAUGAUGAGGACGACGAGGACGCGCAGCAGGAGGCGACCCAGGCAGAG